CUCCAUGACAACCGUUGUCAUGACUUACAAAGUUCUGAAAGCGCGUUGUCUUACUUGAAAUCGGGAAUGUUUGAGUGAAAGUAUUUUUUUUUUCUAUAUUUUCUUUGAAAGAAAAAUCUUUUAAAAGGCUCCAGGUUAAGUUUUGGAAAUACAUAAAGAUGCAUAAAUCUGGACUUCCACCUCCCCCCAAACCCCCAGACCAUCCGGGGCGUCCUGCGGGACCCAAAAGCAAACCCACCCUGCCGGACAUUCACCAACAGACAGGCAUCUACACAGGUGUGGUUUCCACAGGUGACCUUCAGGUUCCUCGACCUCCAUCCAAACCCUCAAAGCCCGUAUUUCAGACUGUAAGACAUGGAUCCACGCCCUCUUUACCUGACAUCACAAAGACUCGGAUCUGCUCUCGAGGAAUUUCAUCUUUUAUCUUUCAGUUCAACACAGAGAGCCCAGAUGACCAACAGAGUCAGUCUUCUCUGGAGCCUGGAAAUUCAAACUCACCUAAAGCUGGAGCUAUCAGUUCUUCUGAUGAAGCUUACUUUGCCAUUGAUGGAAAUAAACCCAAAGUCCAGAUUUCAUUCCAAAGACGACCGGGUGAUGUUUCUCGUGAACUGGCCUUAAUAAGACUUCAGAGGGAAUACUCCAGAUGGAACCUCAACGACCUCCUGACAGCAAAAGGCAUAGACUGUGAAGUCUUCAUCCCAAGACAUCUGAGAAACGGAGAUGAACAUCGGAGCGAAGCAGGGUAUCAGACCAGACCGUUCCUCCUGCUGGAGUUCUUUGAUAACGAGGAUUACGAAUGCCGAACACCAGAAGAAUGGCUCGCUUUAGGGGAUGUUGAAGGCUCUCCCGAUCGACGGCCGGUUCCUGCCACAGCGCUGCUGCCUAAACAUCACCAGACUCCUGAUGAAAACCGUCCAUUUGUGGAGUACAGCUGGUGUUUAGUGGGAGUUCUUGACUUCAAUGAAAAGAAACGUCAAUAUCUUGUUCAGGAGGUUCAAGACAAGGAUGGAAAUCCCAUCUUAAAUCCCCAGCAAUGGAAAAAAGUGAACGCCUCCCAGGGAGGCCCGAAGCACUGGAUCCCCAGGAUCCGGCUGUGCUUCCACGGGGAGGACCCUCGGGUUUUCGUCGAGCGCGUCAGCUUUGCCCAACGCUUCAGAGAAGACGUGGAGAACCGGAUUCUGUGUGACCUGUCAGUGGACCACAUGCCCCUCUGGGGGGGGAACCCCCGUCUCAGCCCCGAAACUAUAGAGAAGAUCAAAAAAUGUGCCAACUCAGCUCCUGGUCUGAGGCUGGACAUAAUAAAGAAGCAUGAGAAGGAUCUGGAACAGGAGGUGGAGUUGGAACACGCCCGCUGCAUGAACAAGAUCACGUUUGACUUUGUGGUGAAGAGCAACCCAGAGCUGUUUUCCAGCAUCACCCUUCCACAAGAGGAUCCAAAGGCUGCUCCAGAUCAAGGGUUCACGCUGGUUCCUGAGUAUCCACAUGAGAAGAACCGAGACCCGCUUGCCUCCACGUUUCUGUGAUCUCACCCAAACGUCCUCCAGGCUGCCUCCAGUGUGCGGCUGCUGUGUCAUGAAGCGGCAGACAUGAGACCCCUCCUGGAUGAACUGAAACUCAUCCAAACUCAAUCCUCCACCCAAGUACUGCUGCAUGCAGGCGGCAUCACCGCUGGUGGUUCCAGUACCUCAUAAACAUUUUCACAAAUUCAUUCAUUUGAGUUUAUGUGAGGUUCUGAAGAACUUACAUGAAGGCAAAUCUCAACAGUCUGAUAAAGCUUCUUUGGAUGGUU